UGUACGAGGAUCUGGCAGUGUUUUGCUCGUUGUGUGGCGUUUUUAUCAGUGAAAGCGAAAAUUGCGAGAAUGCCUCAUUAUUGUGCUAUUCGUGCGUGAUCUUAUUUCAUAUUCCGGAACAAGCGGAGAGACCGCAUAGAAAAAUUGUGUGAUGAAGAGUUGGGGCGCAGAAUGGCGAGCGAGAGGCCGUGUUGUGUAUCGUAUAAAGGCAACAAACAGCGAAUGAUAGUUGAUAUUAAUAAUGCCAUAGAGGCGGCAACUAGGUCUCUCUAUUGUCGCACGAGUCUCUCCAGAGCAUUAUUAGUGCGAAUGUGAAUGAAAAUAGACGGAGAGCGGCCCCAGAGAGUGUAUAUAUUUGCAGAGAUAAUUGAAACAUACAAGCCCGGAGUGUUGCAGAAAAAAAUUCGUGACAUUUCGCGAGCACACUAAAAAUAUUCGCGAUAUUUUUCGCGAUUCUCAGCGUCUCAGCGUUGUGAUUUAGUCUCUGUGCGUUUCCCGAGUGCGUCAAAUGUGUGCUGAGAGACUCUCUUCAGCGAAAGUGUGAAUGAAUUCUAGUGGCUGUCAUGGGUGUAUUUUUUAUCAACUUCCUGUGCUGUGGGCCAGAAAAAGGAACUGAGUCUGAUCAAAAGUGACCAUUUAUUGUAAAUAUUUAUAGCCAUUUUCCGUACAAUUGGUCAGAAAUGCUGACAAUUGGAAAGGAGAAGCUCUGAUGGGAGAAGUUUUGUGUAAUAUUGACUCAACACUCAAUGCAAUUGAGUUUGUCGUGUGUUUGUCAUGUAAUUUGAGGUGAUGACAGAGAUUUUUGAUGUGAAGGCAAUGCCAGAAAAAUAUACAGAGACUAAUGAAUGCUAUUUGUGAGGAAUUAUUUCCGUUUCUUCCAUCCCAAAUCACGUGGAAAAAAGAAAGACAAAUAAAUCGAGUAAAAGUUCAUUUGGUGUGAAGAACAAAUGUGUGAUCUUGAGCGGAAAAAAGCCACUCUAUAAGAUGAUAUAAACAUCGUGAUUUGGCAUUGAUUGGAUUUGAGUGAAAAAAAAGAGAGCAGACAAGGAGGAAUUUGGAGCAAAUCUCAAGGUGUUGCUCUACAUGAGAAUUUAUCAUCUGAGGACGGCAAAAUGCUUGAGGAGAACGAAGAGGAGACUGUGGUGCUGCGGGAGAAGCACAUCCUGACCUUUGAGGCGAACCUCGCCGAGGAGAAGUUGCGCCAGAUCUACUGGCAGGAUGAGAAUGUUCAUCUUAAGGAUCUCGAUCGCAUAUCAUCCUAUCUGGCAUUCAAUCGCUGUCACUCCGUGGCGGUGCCCCAAACACACUACAUCCCAUAUCGUCAUGACGACGUGCUUCAGAACCUGCAGCAGGAGUCCUUCAUCCACAGCAAUCUGGCCAAAGAGGUGCGAAAGUCCAUGCCAGAGGAGUGUCCGCACAAGAAGCCCGUCACCAUUGGCAGUGUCUUCAAGAGGGACUCGUUUCUGCGCCAAAGCUGGAAUCACUUCAUUAAGAGGAACAAGUCGCAGAGGCGCAAAUCCAUGUCCUCAGAGGAUGUGGCCAGGAUGAAGCACAGGAAAGAGAAGAAGAUAGUUGACAGCAGCAAUGAUGCGUCCAGCGAUGGGGCCAAGUCCAGUCCGAAAGCAGCUAAAAAGGGUCACAAGAGGAGCAGCUCCACUUCCAGUUGUAUGAGUAAUCGAUCAACCAACAGCAUCGGAAUCCGUUCAGCUCCAACGACCCCAAUGGCACCCCUCCAAGGACAGACAGACACCAAUCAUUCCAGCUAUGGCCAAAGUGUUGUCAAUUUGAACUCCAUCUCGCGGAGUCCCAGCCACAGUUCCACUAAGAGUGAUUCCAAAUCUGUGAGGCAGCAGUUGGCGCCUGCACUCGGUGGCACGGUGGCGAACAAUCUGCGCAGCGUGAGUCCCAAUCAGCAGCUGAAGGGCGCCAGCGGGGGCGGCAGCGAGAAGGAGGCGAGUACAGGGAGUGGUAAGGAUGCUGGCAAGGAGAAGAAGCGGAAAGAGCUGAGUAGCUCGCGCCAGAAGAAAUUCCACCGACAUUUUCAGAAAGUUUCCGCAGAUGAACAUGUGAUUAAUUAUUUUUCCUGUGCACUCGUUAGUGAUAUCCUCUUACAAGGACAUUUAUACAUAACUGACAAUUAUUUUGCAUUUUACUCAAAUGUUUUUGGAUUUGUGACAAAGCUCCUGAUUCCAAUUCAGUCUGUGACGAAGAUCUCGAAGGAGAAGACGGCCAAGAUCAUCCCCAAUGCCAUCGGCGUGGCCACGGCUGAGGAGCGCCACGUCUUCGGGAGCUUCAUGAGUCGCGAGGCGGCCUACAGACUGAUGGAGAGCGUGUGGCGGCCACUGGCGCCGGCUGAUGUGGUGCCCGAGACGCCCGAGCCGAAGACUCUGGACGUGGAGAUCUCCGAGUGCAGCAUCGAGGAGGACAGCAGCUGCUCGGUGAGCGGCAACGAGAGUCCCACGCAGAUCCAGGAGUCGUCGGCCAACAGCGAUCCGGCGCCGCGACAGCGCGUCUCAGUCGUGGACGGCCUGCCGCCGGAUGAGAUGCCCACAAUUGUGUCCAGUAGUCCGAAACCUGUGAUCUUCCGCCACGCGCCUCCGCCACCCGUGGCGGCGAAGAAGUCCCUCCUGGCGCGCCUGAGGCUCAAGUUGCCGAAGAAUGUGCACAUCGUCCACCUGGGAAUGGUGCUGGCGCUCGUGCUCACCAUCUUCUCCGGCUUCCUCCUCUACCGGAUCCUCGACAUCCAGGCCAGAGCCAAUGAAUUCCCCACACUCGACUACAAAUGGACUGGCACCAAGGAUGACGCAGAAUUGUACGCGGAGGUUCUAAAGUGGCAGAAGGAGUUGCAAUCAAAGAGUCUGGAGGAGGCGCAGAAGAUGCUAAAUUCCAAUUUAGAUCAAAUUGUGAAGGUGAGAGAGAGUCUCGAGACACUUUCGACGCUCAUUCAUGACAAAUUGGACACAGAUCCGGCAACGAGCAACUCUGGAGCCACAUGAGCAGUGACGCCUCGGCCUCGAUGUUCUUCACGAUCUUUUUGUUUUUUGGGUGAAGAAGGCGAUUUGCAAAUCGAACUAGUCAAAUUUGGGCAAGAGGAUCACACUGAGAUAUUGCUCAACAUUUAAUUUAUUUCCAUUGUGAGAAGAUGGCAUUUCUUCGCACUUUUCCCGCUCUUCGUCACUUGGCAAGAAGAGAGUCUGUGAAGAGCGAUGGAAUUUGUGGUUGGAAUUCCAUGGUGGCAAACGUGGCUAUUUUUGGCUCCUAAUCUUAACUUAUUUUAGAUAUUUCAAAUUUCUACAUGUUAAUGGUGAAUUGUGUAGAACAAGAUCAAAUGUAGCCAAAGGAGUAAAAUUUGCCAAAUAUUAAUUUUUAAACAAUUUGUGGUUAAAUGAGAGAUAAACUUUUCAUCAGUAUAACCUAUGGUUAAAUGAUAAAAAAAAGACACACAGACACAAAUAAUAAUAAUUAAAAAAUGCAUAUUGUUCUUAUUGAUAAGCGAUCAAUGUGAGACGGAUCAAGGCAAAAAGGUCACUGAGUGAUCGAGAAGGCAUAAGCAAUUCAUCAUCUUUUUAGGUUCAAUUUAGGAAUGUUGCAAUGAGGCGGAUUGAAGAAACUGUGUGGAGGAGAAGGCACACUAAAAUAACGGAAUUAAAGACUGUGGUAAAGAGAAUUUGUAAAAUUCUAAAAGAUGUUUUUGAUAAGAUGCAAUGAGAAGGAUGAAAAGUGUUGAGAAACCGUCAAGUGAGUUGAGGCAAAUAUAGUGAGAGGAUGAAACGGGGAAGCAAGAGAGCAUGUCUUUUACUAUAAUAUUUAAAGCAGAGAAAAUUAAAUUCUAGUGUCAAGUUAUAAUAGAGUAUUUAAAGGACAAGUAAGACAACCCAAACAAAUCAUAUUUAAUGGCUUUCACGAAUAAAUAGAUAAAGAGAAAUUGACAUAUUUAAUGGACUUUGAAGAGACACUCAAAAUAACCUGUAUUUGAAUAUAAUCAAAACGAAUCACUAAAUAAUACUUCCUAAAGAGAUUUCUCAAGCGACAUUUUACAGAAGAAGAAGUGAAGAAAUUUGUCCUAGACAUUUUACUAAAAACUAAAUAGUAAACGUAUUUUAAAAGAGGAAAUGGAAGAAAAGUGGAUGGAAAUUGCUGAUAAAAUCGAGAGAGAGAGAGAGAGAGUUUGUGUCAAAGGAACACAAUCAAUUACUCUCCUAUGCCGAAUAAUUGCUAUUUUCAUUUCCACUUCAUUCAUUACUAAGUUUACGACCGAGGGUUAGCGGUGGGUGGAGAAGGCGAAAGGUAGCUUAUUUUCCUAGCGGUUUCCCUGUAUUUAUUAUUAUUUGAGGUGUUAUUCUUUUUAUAUUGUGACGGUCAAUGAGGUAAAAGACUAUCGUUAAACAUUCUUUCUUAGUGUGCAAUUAUUCUCGAGGAACAGUGACUGGGCGAAGAGUUGACGCGCAGCGAUGAAAUUCGCUGACUUUGCAUGAGGAAUUUGAUGAUGUGUCGGCAGCUUAAUUGAGCUAUUAAUGCUAUUUGGGUGUCUCGCAACAAUCGCCAGGCACUGUUUGGCUGCUCAAUGGAGCAGAAUAAAUAAUUCAUACGCGUCGCAAGGUGAUCUUAACAAGUUUGCGUGACAUCGUAUAAAUAGAAUUGAUACUUUGAGAGGGAAAGAGCGUGAGAUUAUUCGAAAUAGUCGCCCAAAAAAUUCUCUUUUCCCUCAACUCGAGAGUGAGUCUAAUUGCGUAUAUUCCUCCAACAAAGUUAAUGGUUUUGAUUCUCGUGCUUGCGCUCGCAACGACGAGAGCGAUAGAGAGAAAUCCUGUGAUAUAAAUAAUUUUUGUCUCCUUGUGCUGCACAUUCAUUUUCGUUUCUCGGACAGGGUAUAAAAUUUAUUGGUUUUAUUGAGUUUCCCAGUUACAAGCGUUGUAUGCGAUGACCUUUGGAAUAUUCUCUAUCAAUUGUGCUGCUUUGAGAGGAGAGAAAAAAGUUUCGUUGGCGAUAAAGGGUAGUGAAGAAGCUGUAUUGAGGAAGACAGUUGAUUUAUAUUUACACUUCCUUCAGUGAUAACCCAAAAGAGAGGCACAGAUAAUUCCGUCAAUUUUACUCUGUGUUUUUAUUAUCGGACCUUCUUUCAAACGAUAUAUUGACAUUUUGGCAUAAAUAUGGUAAUUUGUGUCAUAGAGCCUAUAUUUACUAAAUAUAGUGUAAAAUCAAUAAAUAACAAUUUGAUUUAUAUUUGAUUCCUUCUUCGCAAGAACAAACCAACUAUCUAAAGCCAUUUUUCGCUACAAUUGCUGCUCACUGUAAAUUCUUGUUUGUCUAUAUUAAAUAUUUGCCAACAAACAACUCUCGUAAUCUUGCAUAUUCAACAAAAUUUACAAGUCCAAGAGUUGAAACAAUGUAUAUCGAGAUGAGAAUAUUGUGUUUUGGGGCUAGUAUUGCUUCAACGGUAGGAGAACAACCAAAAGAGAAGCAAUUCGUAAGUGACACAAUAAUUUAACUGAAGAGAAAGAAAAAUCUAAUGAGAUGAUUAUAGAGAUCCACUCUCUAGCUAGAGAGAGAGAGACAGAAGGGAAUAAAAUGAUAAAUAAAACAUAA